UAGUCAGUGGCUGACGACUUCUCGGGGCGUCAGGUUCUCCGUAUCAGGGGGGGUCCGUUGUCGCUCCGCGUCUCCUGCUCUCGCCACGUGCGUAGCGCGUACGAGACGAGCUACGCGCGUAACCGGCCGAAUGCGAGGGAGGGAUCCCCGAUCGAGGCGCGUAACGCGAGAUGUAAAUUUCGUGGCUCGACAAUUUUCGACGACCUCCCGCGUAGAUCCGUAGACCCCUCGUCCGGCAAAUGCAAUCACGUGGAAGAGAUAGCGAAAUUUGCGUAAGCGAGGAUAUUCGAUGAGAAUCAUCGUCGUGGACGAUCCGUAUCCUCUCGAGAUAACGCGUGAUAUUCGGUGAAUGGAUUGUCGCGACGAAACUCGAGCGAAGGUUACCGGCGUCUCGCGUUUCCGGUAGAAUCUGACAGUUCUCGAAUCCGAAGCGCGAGGUAACGUAUAUCGAUAAAAAGACCUCUGACGAGGUGCGUCAUAUUUUUUUUUUUUAACACUCGAGAGAAUGUGAAGGAUAGCGGAGUAUUCGACGCGACAAGAUUCGCGAACGUGGCGAUGUUAGAAUGUUGAAAAAUUGUCGCAAUAACUCGACCAUGUACUUAUCGCUGGAACUUUCGUUAGCAACUCUUAUCGACGCUACAAGAAUAACCUGACUGUGCAACGUAAAUAUUAUAAAUGCACGGAUUUCUCUAUCGGGCGAAUCGACUUGGAAUUAUCAUGCCGGCGCGUCGUGGCCAUCGCAGCGUUGUUGACAGUUUUCUCACAUGACAGGCUUGGAUGACACGCGCGAGAAACUACGGAACGUAAAGCCAGAAAUAAUGAAAGUGAAAUUUUAAAACAAGAGGGGUGAUGCGCCAAUCUCGAGAUAAUCUCGAAAAGAGAAAUAUCCAACCAGAGAACGAGCAAGAAGACCGGAGUCUUUUCGAAUCCGGAGAAAAGCCGAAAAACGUAGCGAGCGAGUAACUAGAAACGAAGAUACGACAAGAUUGACUGAAAAAAAGGGAGAAAGAGAGAGAAAAAGAGAGAGAGAGGGAGAGAGAGUGAGAGACGGGAAGAAAGAGUAACGGCGAAUCGCGCGGUGGAAGAAAACGGAAACGCGCGCGGAGAGAGGGGGAGGGGAGGGAGAUAUAGAGAUUUCUGGGCACGCGCACUCCACCUGCUAGCGUGUAGUGGCACGCGCCAUACUCACCGCCUCCUCCCUGCCACCCCCGUCGUCACUCACGCUACCGCCGCCGCCCGCACCCCUCUCCCUCCCUCUCUCUCUCUCUCUCCCUUGCCUCGCCCACCCCGUUCCGCUCUCCCGUUUCUCUCUCUCGCGCGCGCCCUCCUGGCCCUACCGCCGUGUUCGUCGCCGCUCUCCUCCCCCCUCUCCCGCGGGAAUCCCCUCCCGUGUUCCUCUUUCACGCGUGCCGCGGCCACCAAGAGGCCGGGACGCGCGAGAGUCAAUCGCUCGCGGUCUUCGACAGGGCGAGCACCCAAGGUCCUUGCACUCCUCUCUUCCCUCGUCAGUGCGCUUCGGUUUGCGAACGUUGGCCAAGUUGCUCUCUCGAACUAACAUCGGCGAAGGGAGCUUCUUCCCCUUUUCUCGCGGCGGCCUCGCACGUGUAUCGUCCCCGCCGAGAUAGAGAGUCGAGAGAAAGAGGAAAGAGAGACCCAAGGACGGCAAGAUUAGGAGCCGUAGAGGACGUUAGCCCGACUUUCUCGCCCCGGCACAAAGUGCCGUGAUUCGCGAGUGGACGGAGUGCACGAGUGCUCCUCGACGGAUUAUUAUAGACUGCCGAUCCCCCGUCGAGUGCUCGCGUUUCGUGAGGAAGCGUAGCUCCUGUAUUCCGCUCGCUCGUUGGGCGUCGAGGGGCCGAGACGCCGCACGACGACAGUCGUCAACCGAUGUUUGCGUAUGAAAGAAUCCGGUCGCCUACCUCCGUCUCAUCCUCCUUCUGCUGUGCGUCUGCUGCGAGGGGGGAGACGCGCGCGAUCUCUGUACUGUAAACCGAGCGAGCAAAGGGGCAACGGUGAGAAGGACGACGACGACGACGACGACGACGAGGACGACAGCGACGAGGAGAGCCGUAUGAACGAAGAGCGCGAGGAAAACACGAACGGGACAACAGACACGUUGGGGCGACGACGGAAGGCGGGAAAGAAGAAGGCGCGCGAGAAGAAGGCAGGAAACGGAAAAGAGCGGGGCCCGCGAUAGAGGGGGAAGCGACGCGUGCUUAAACGCGUCGUUCCUUCCAUCGCGAGACGAAAAUAGUCUCGCGAGACUAAGGUAGGCGCGAACACCGACGAACGAACGAAACAUCGACGAAGGAGGGGAGGGCGAACAAGAAUGCGAGGCCGAUAUAACAGUCCGUCGCGUUUCGCGCUGUGCGACGAACGGUGAUUGGAAUCGACGACGAUUCUCUCGGUGAUUAAGUGAGAGAGAAAGAGAGAGAGAGAGAGAGAGAAAAUUUACCAAGACGGAUACGAAGCGUCAGCAUUUUCCGGUUUCGUGGCGAUACCGUGGCGACUUUCCCCUCCGCCGGGGCAACGUUGACGUUGACGUGCGAUCAGCUGUUCGCCGGAGCGCGCGAGAAGCCCACGCGUGACGUCGCGCGAGAACCGAGAAUCCGCGUCGCGUAUUCCGCGUCGUCGUUCGGAAAACCACCUGUUGACGAUUUACGAGGGAAAAUCGAAGCGCGCGGCCGCGCUUCGUCGCGAUUUCCUUCGUCCUGCGCUCGUCCGUUCCCACGCUCGCUCGUACACCGAGAGGAUCACGUUAUCGAGGGAUCGUUUUCUGGAACGAAAGCGCGUCGCGAUACGAGGGUGAUAACGCGAGCGUCGAUAGGGAACCGCGUCUUCCCGACAGAUACGUUGUUACUGGAAGGACGAGAAUCGUGCGUGAAUUUGUCGGGACUUCUUGCGAAAGGUAUCCUUCGAAAACAGUGACAAACGUCGGUUCUUUCUCUUUUGCAGAAAAUUUACAUUUUUACGAAGAGACUCUUUGUGCGACGAAUUGUUUUUCGGAAAAUUAUUAAGUGAGAGAGACUCGUGUCGCAGAGGCGUCGAGACAAUCGCAUCGCGUCAAGUGCUCUUCAGAGCCGGGUGUGUUAUCGUCGAUACGUAUCUGUCGUUGUUGGCCAAGUCGCCGGAGAGAACUCGAGUGCAGGGGUCAGGGAAUAGCUAGCGAUACACAGACCCGCAAGAUCGAAAGAAACGUUAGCGUUCUUUCGGUGAGAGAGAAGAUCGGUGACUUGGAGCGAAGAAGCGAUAAGCGGGGCGACUGAAAGAAUUCUCCGAAAGACGCACGCAUGGAAGUAACGUCGAUAGUGUAUAUCUACGAUGAUAGCUAGUCAAAUUGUUAGAUGGGCAUUAUAUUACGUUUCACGGAUCACGAUCGAUUGACAUUGUAUACGUUUGGCGAACGAGGUGCGAAAGGCUCGAGUGACAUUCAGCGGCAACGAGUGCACGGACUUUAAUUAAGUAAAGGCUCUCGGGUGCGGUUUAUCGCGCCUUUUCCGCGGUUCCAGAGUGGCGUUUACUUCUCAUUCGAUGCCAUCGAGAUAACGGUAUAAUCGAAUCAAACGCGCGAGCGAGACUCGGAGUGUAUUGUGCGAGUGUUUGUACGUUUCCCUGGCGAACAAACGUUGACUUCUUAACGUCCACUUGCGAUUAUUGGGAAACAUUUAAGAGGAGAUUGAACGUUGCGACAACUCGAAAGAAUACGUGUCGUUGUAAACGAGUGAGGGAAAGAUGACAUUCAAGUUUCGCUGAUACCUACGAUCAGCAGGAAAAAAAGUGUUUCGACGAUCGUCUCGAAGAAAACUCGGAAUCUGCUGCGUUGACAGAAAGAAACGCGGGACCUGGAGGGGCAUGGUGGGCCCCCCUCAGCCAGGGCCUCAGGCCCGGGUGGCCUCUCUAUGAAAAGAAAUCUUCCUUCUACCACGUCGUUCGUACCACAUUAGACUACCUGGAAUGAUGCAACAGAAAUACCUCAAGAGGACGGCCGAGGAUUUGGAGCCUGCCGGUGCUGGCAGCGGCGAUGGCGGCUUCGGCGAACCGCCCGUCAAGCUGCAAUGCACGCAGGGUCAGCAUCAGCAUCAGCAGGCCCCGAGCGCCGGUGGUGGCGGUGGGCCCCAUCACGGCCACGGUCAGCAUCAACCCGGAAACGGUGCGAAUUCGACGGGCCCGGCGCCCGGCGGCGGGGGUGGUACUGGUAGCGGUGACGGGAACGAGGGUCUCACCAAGUUCCAGGUACAGAUCGUUCAGCAACUGGAAUUCACGACCUCGGCGGCGAAUAACUCGCAGGCGCAGGCAAUCUCGACAAACGUAACAGUUAAAGCACUAACGAACGCGUCUGUCAAGAGCGAGCAUCUGCUAAAUGCAUCCUCCUCGCCGAAACCCGGUCCAGAUCCGACGUCUGCAUCCGCUGCGUCCAGGCCGCAGGCCGGAAAUGGCAACGGACCUGGUGGUCCCGGGCCCGGCGCGGGUGGCGGACCUGUUCCCGGUGGCGCCGGUGGCAGCGGUGGGAUCGGUUGCGUCGACAUCGGUAACCUAGUUGAAUGUAAACAGGAACCCGACAACGAAUUCGUGGAUCUGGAACAGUGCGCGGCCGCGCUGGAGAAGGAUGCCGCGGCGAAUGGCACCGGCUUUCCCGGCUUUUCCGAGUUUAUGGGCGACGACACCGGCGACGAGAUUAUCACGUCUGACGCAUUCAAGGAUCUCAUCUCCGAGAUAUCGGAUUUCCACCCGGAGUUUAUGAAGGACUUCGACUUUGAGGACAAGAGCGUGGACACGUUGGCGAAUAACGCCGCGGCGGCGGCCGCCGCCGCCGCGGCCGCUGCUGCCAACAACAACAAUAAUAGCAACAACAACAACAAUGGGCUCCCAACGACGAACAACGGACAGAUCAAGAUCGAGGAUGACAAGGACGCGAUGCAUCCGCAGCAGCAACAGCAGCAGCACCCGAACAGCGCGAACAACGGUGUCAAUAGCAACAACGUCGGUAACAACAACGGCAACGCGAUGCCGGCCAACUCGAGCCCGGGCGCUCUAGGUUCCUCGCAAUUCUCGCCCGCGCGACUUCCCUAUUCCGGCCUGGAUUUCAAGUCGGAGAUGAGUCCCGCGGCCCAGACGCUCAAGCAGAUGGCCGAGCAGCAUCAGCACAAGAGUCAACAACUAGGUCUGGGCGGAUUUAACCCUACGGCGGCCGCAGCGGCUGCAGCGGCGCGAGGUCCAACAGCGAGGUCCCCCUACGCCGAGUUUUCCCAGUUUGGCGCGUCCGAUUACCUCGGCAGUCCUGGCAGCACGGGUCCAACCGGUGGACAGACUCAGUCCGCGGCCACCGGAACCGGCUCUUAUCACAAGAAUAACGGUACACCGACUUUCGGGAACCAGCAGACGAACGACAUGUUCGUCGGCUCGCAGUCGCAGUUUGCCGCGGCGGGCCUGACGGACAUGAAGAGGCCUCAACCGGCUACGACGGGCGGCAAGCCUGGCAUGCUCGGACCCAGCGGCGGUUACAAGCAGCAAUACUCGCCGUACGGUAGCCCGGGUUCUAUGCCGAAUCACGGGAGUCCGGGAUACCCGCUGCCACCCAGAGGAUCCCAAGGCGGUGGACCGAACCAGACUGGCUCGCAAGGACCUUUCAACACCAACUCCACGCCGCCGAGACCUCCUUCGGGACCCGGAACUUCCACCCUGCAGAUCAAUCAAGCGCAGCAACUGCACAUCAGUAACCAGAUACAAGUGUCAGCCGGCCAGCACAUGCAGCUCACGGGCGAUCUGAAGCCGGUCGUGUCCGUCGCGGCGCAGCAGGGCAUGUACUUCAAUCAACAGACGCAAAAUCAGGCUGUGCCUUCGGCCAACCAGACCGAUACCUACUGCUCGGUCUCGCAGUCUCAGACCAUCAACUUUACCCAGCAGAGUCUGAGGCAAAGGGCGGCCGCGGCUGCGGCCGCUGGUGGGGUCCCACAACCUGGAGCAGCCGGUCCAGGAGCGCGAGGCCAUCCACAGCAAGUGUCACCGGCCCAGGUCGACCAGCAUCAGCACGCGAAGCAUCAGCUUCUUCAGCAACAGCAGCAAUUGAUGCGCGCGCAACAAGUGAUACAGCAGCAGCAACAGCAGCACAUGGCAGGCGGAAUGGGAGCUGUUGUAAGGCCGCCACCGCCCGAAUACAAGGCCGCGGCCCAAGCACAAAUGAUGCACGCUAGUAUCGGGAUGGGUCAGCAGGCGAGGUUCGCGAAUGCUGGGCCCAUGCGUAGAGUUACGCAACAACCUAUGCCACCGUCAGGUCCGAUGAUGAGGCCGCAAAUGGCGCAACAGCAGCAACAGCAGGCAUUACACGCGGCCGGUGGUAAUAUGUACAUGAGUGGCGGCGGGAUGGCCGCUAUUGGCGGCAUGCAUCAGAUGCACCAACGGCUAGGCUAUCCGAGAACUAACAAUCAACGGCCGCCCAAUGUUAGCGUCGGUCCUCCGGACGGCCUUGGGAACAGUAUCGCGGGUCGCGGCCCUCAACAGGAAUGGGGACGACACGUUCUAAUGCAGCAACAGCAGCAGGGCUUUCAGGCGCAGAUGCGAUCGCAAUUCAAUCAGCAAGGUCACCAAGGUGGCUUUGGCAUGGGUGGUGCAGGCGGCACAAUGCAAAUGACCGCGGCCCAGAUGCAGCAUCAACAGUUAAUCCGUUCGCAAAACGGUAAUAUAGCCGGCUCGGGAAUGGCUAACAGCACGCAGAUGCAACAAUUGUUGACGCAACAGCACCAACAACAAACUCUAGCCAUGCAGCAGAACAACAACCAAAUGCCAUUGCAGAUGCAGAUGUCACAGACAAGUUCCGUUAGUUCGGUAAACGUUACUGGAACUGGUUCUCCGUUGCAUCCGCAUCAGCAAUAUGGGGCCGGUAGCCCGGGAGUGCGGAGUCUGCCGCCACCGCAGCAACACCCUCAACCGCCACCGCCUACCGCUACUACGGAUCCGUCCGUAGCAGCCGCUGACUUUAGCCUCGAAUUCCUGGAAAAUCUUCCUACGGGAGACACGUCGAAUUUCAGCGCUCAAGAAUUGCUUAAUUCUCUCGAUUCUACGGCCGGUUUCAAUCUCGAUAUUCUGUAAUGAGAUCAUUACGUUUGCUGUAUGGUCGGUAUGUCAGCCGAUAUGCUAAUUUAUUAUAUUAUAGGACACGAUCACACGUAUAUAUUAAGUAAAAAAUAUAUACUUGGCGCGACGAUACUGACGAAUUUCAUUUCGUCCGUCGCCAUAUCGAUUUUGCUCUUACUGUAUUACAAAAGUUUUUGGACAAAUUUUUUGAGGAUAUUACCGAGAGUCAAAGAUUUUUGUUUGUAAUAUUUUUUUUUAGUAGUAAAAUUUAAUUCUGAAUGGAAAAGAAACAAUUUCUAUAAGACGUGUGUUAAUUCAAAUGUGCGAGUUUUAUGAAAUAUGAUCUAAGGAUAAUAAUUAUGUAAUAGAAAAAUUUUUGCUGACUUCCGACCUUGCGACGAAGGAACGAGCACAAGUUGGUAACAUACGUGAAUAUUGUUUAUUGCAAGUUCGUUUGUUAUAUUUGACGACUGAGUGACAGUUACCUACCAGUGCAACUGCGUUCCACAACCGGUUGUAGUGCAUUCUCGGUCGCCGUUUUCGCGGUCACCGACACUUAUUCUUCUAGGGAAUCACAUUUUUUAGUAAAAUUUAAUUUUGUAAUGAUAAACCGUCGGGGGAGGCGAGGAAGUUAAUCCAACGGAGAUAUAAUAGCGUGGGAUAUCAAGAGAUACGUGGAAAUCGUUCUAUAUCUCUCGUUUUCUUUAGCAACAAUUGCGCGCUUGGAGAAAAAUGCGAGAACUCGCGACUCUUACUUUUUCAAGUUCGUAUGGCUAUAUCGAGAACGAUCGAUAAAUCUUUUCGAGUGCUCGCGUCGACGACACUUAUGGUGACUUCGACGAGCAUUCCAUAAAACGAUUCUCCUCUCCCUUGAUCUUUCACGUCGAAAUCCGCGCAACUAGAUAGAAAUAUUGAUACGAUUAGAGUUUACUUGGCUGACCGUAUUCGGCCACAAAAAUUGGUUACCUUGCGCCAGCUUGUCGAUACAAUAAAGAAUGAGAAAAUUUUCUGCUAAAUCGUAUUAAUAACAUUAAUGCGAUAUCUUCAACAAGAGAAAUCUUUAUUGUACAUAGAUAUUAAAAAUUAAAGAAAUUCGAAAUGUUAAAAUUGUACAGUUUAGCCGAGUAUAUCAAAAUAAGAAACUUGUAAAAGA